AUGUCCAGCAUCAAGCCUCUCAUCCUCUACGGGCACCUCGGCGGUCCUAACCCGUGGAAGGUCGCCAUCAUUCUCGAGGAGUUGGAGGUUCCCUACGAACACAAGUUCCUCGAGUUCCAAGAGAUGAAGCAGGAGCCCUAUGAGAGCCUGAACCCCAAUGGCCGCGUCCCCGCUCUCGAGGACCCCAACACUGGCAUCAAGGUGUUUGAGUCUGGCGCCAUCAUCGAGUAUUUGGAGGAGGUCUACGACAAGUCCAACAAGCUGCGCUACACGGGCCUGCAGGAAAGGGCCUUGACGACCUCGUGGCUGCACUUCCAGAUGUCAGGACAGGGACCCUACUUCGGACAAAAGAUUUGGUUCUCGGUCUACCACUCGGAGAAGAUCCAGUCGGCCAUCGAGCGCUACAGCAACGAGAUCAAGCGCGUCACCGGUGUGAUUGACCGCCACCUCAAGAAGCAGGGCACUCCGUACCUCGUCGGCGACAAGUGCACCUAUGCCGACCUCAGCUUCAUCCCCUGGUACUCCAGCAUGCCCCAGUGGUUCCCGGAAUUCGACUACAAGACCGAACACCCGACUUUCGCGAAAUGGCUCCAGGCUAUUAUGGAGAGGCCUGCCGCCAAGAAGGUCGCGCAGGACAAGGAGAACGCGAACAAUAAGAACUGAUUGGUCGGAGAGGAUUGGUGGGGGCGGAAAGAAGUCGUUGAAUUGGAAGGGAAGAGUAGUGGACGUUGGAUACAAAACUACCCAUUGCUAGAUUAGUAGGCAAAACCAUACUUGUUCUCUUUGGGUUUAAUACUGCCGUGUUCUGUAAUGGAUGUUUAUUCGGGUUGCCUGCAAAUAGUCGCAAUAGAAUAUUACUGACGACAUGAGUCCAUAACAGUGAAACCAAUCUUCCUAUUUACCUUUGUGAUCGAACAUAGCAACGAGAUGAUUAUGGAUGUUCAACAUUCAUGAAUCUUUCGGAGUAACCAAUGAGUUGCAGGAGUA